AUGAUUGCUCCAAGAAGUAUCAAUGUUAAGUGGCAACACAAAGCUCAGGAUACUAGUGAAGUUUCCAAAUAUAUCCUUCAGUAUAAAGAAGGAGAGGGAGGUAUGUGGCAACAGCAAGAACUAAUAGGACCUCCUUUGCCGUAUGCUGCGUUAAUAGAUGAUCUAAAGCCAGCUACAAAAUACUUCAUACGAAUUAUUGCCGAAGGACCUGCUGGUCAAUCUGCUCCAUCAACAGAGCUCAUCGUCAAAACUGAACCUCAAAGACCUGCAGGACCACCUAUUAAUAUCGCCGCUAGACCUAUAUCUUCUACCGAAAUUAUUGUAUCAUGGUCACCACCAUUGCCAGAAUUGCGCCAUGGUGAAAUUCAAGGUUUUAAUAUUGGGUUUAGAGAAUCAAGUGGAGGUAACCCAUCGUACAAUUUUACGUCCGUAUUUGGUGACGGUGGAGAUGGAACGGGAGAGCUCCACUUAACAGCUUUAAAGCCAUAUACAAGAUAUACUAUUGUCGUUCAAGCCUAUAAUCAAGUCGGUUCAGGACCAUUAUCUGAACCAUUACCAACGCAAACAUUAGAAGAUGUGCCAAGUAAACCACCUGAAGAUAUUCGCUGUGCUUCAUUGACAUCACAAUCGUUACAAAUAUCAUGGAAAUCACCUCCAGCUGCUUAUACUAAUGGAAAUAUUCAAGGGUAUAAAGUUAGUUAUGAACCAGUCUUGACAGAUUCAUGGAUCAGUAUAGAUGAAAUGGAAAUUCGAAAAACUGCAAGUAUGACAAUGACAUUAGCGGGAUUAAGAAAAUACACAAACUACAGUGUGCAAGUAUUGGCAUAUACUAGAGUUGGCGAAGGUGUUCCUUCUAGAAUAAUGUACUGUCGUACAAAAGAAGAUGUACCAGGAAGUCCAGCAGAUAUUAAGGUCGUUGUAAGUUCACCACAAGCAUUGUUUAUAUCAUGGCUUCCUCCGCUAGAACCCAACGGUGAUAUCACUAAAUAUAAUCUUUACUCA